AUGUCAUUUGACCUGCUCGUGAAUGUCGCGUGUGAAGCCGCGAGCCAGAGAGCAAACGAAGUUUUUGUGGUAGAAGAAGUUUGUUUUUCAGAGCAUAAACUUUUGUUCAACAAUGAUAUUCGUGGUGAAAGCUUGGCAAAUAUUGGGCGGCCACGUGUAUGGUCUCAGACACGUCAAGAGCUAUGCGAAAGCGUCCCAUAUUUUCGUAAUUGGCAGUCUGGGGUAUAUUUCAAAGAAGGAGUAACUUAUGGUUACCUUGUUGAUGGAUACGGCGCGAUGCGCGAUGUUUGUAAUGGUCGCGUGAUUAUUUCUCAUGGGCAAAAACAUUGCAAUUUGCUUACAGUUGUAAUGAAUUACAGUGGCGGAAAAUCAUGUAGACGCCAGGAUGGAAGUUUCGGUCUUUUUGCCUCUCAGCUCUUGACUGAUGCAUCUGUAUCUGCGUUAAUCAAAAAUUAUAUUAAUAAACAACCAUUGGCAAUUAUUGUCGGAAAUAAAAAGAAUGCAGAGUUUAGAGUUCCGGCCCGCUACUGUGUGAUGGGGUUAUAUUAUAUAACUCACGCCUGGCCAGAGUAUGAGAUAUACGAAAAUGACGAUGAUCUUACUGACGAGGAGGACAUCUUGAAUGGAAAUGAUGCAGAACAUAGAUCUAAGACUAAACGUGAGUGCCCAUUCAUUCGAUGGAAAUUUCGAUUUGAAUGGGUUCCAAACCAAGAAUUCUCACCCUGGUGGGAGUCGCCUUGUCAAAGACUUAUUUAUUCAACCAUUUUACCGGGUACUUUGAGAGCAUGGUCUGAUCAAAAUCAAUGGGUUAAAGUACCAGAUGAUCUCAUCUAUGAUCCAGUGUUUCUCAAUCCUGGUCUAAUAGCUCGUGAUCAAUUGCAUCGCAUACCAUUCUCAAUAUUGCCACCACAACCUCCAAGCACGUUAAAUAAUGACACAACAAAUUCUAAUGUCUUAUAUGGUGUCCAAUACUGGAAAGGCUUUCAUUGCCUCCGAUGUGGUCGAAUUUCUUGUCGUGAUAAGUGGGCUUUUUGGGAGUGUGCGAAUUGUGGGUUAAAGCAUGAAGUCCCAGAACAGCUUCUUUUUCCUUCGAUGUUACGUAACCCAAAUCUCCCUGUCUUAAUCGGGCCCGCUUUCGAUUAUGAUUCAUGUAUUAAAGACAAUAGUGGGAUUACCAAGACAAGUGAAGUGUCUGCAGAAGGUGCCGUUGUCUGCAAAUAUUACUUUCCUGAAGUCGGAUCGCAGUUAAUAGCUCGUCAGUUUACCAUGAAUGUCGGAAAACAAUAUAAGUUCUCGUUGGAAUGUGACACAUUAACGUUCGAAGAAACCCCGCAAAUCGUUCAAGAUUGCUAUAAAUAUAUACACGAAAUGUGCAACGCAUUUAUUGAAGGCGUUAAGUUUAAUGAAAUGCUAUUAGCGGCAUAUUUAAAUGAUCAGCGCAUGUCCUGGCACGAUGAUGGAGAAAGAGGGGUCGGUCCAAUAAUUGGGAACUUGUCCCUCGGAGCUUCCGCUGAAUUGAAAUUUCGAAGGAAGAAACGGAAGAUGUCGAAGUUAUCCGAUAAAGAUUGCGCAGAUGACAUCUCUGUUAGGCCAAGUGAUUCUUCUAAUUCUAACAAAAAUGCCUCUGACGAAAGGCUACCACUACCAUAUACGAUUUUUACGUCAUCUCCAUACAUGCCAAUUGACGCGCUAGAGUUGGGCCUAAAAUCACGUGGAACAGGCCCAGAAUUGAUCCUGAAGAUUCAUCAUGGUGAUUUGUUGAUGAUGGUUGGACAUGAAAUUCAACAAAACUAUGAGCA